AUGUGGUGGACAUGCGACAGAAUACAAGGUCUAUGGAAACGUACAGUCCUACUUAUCAGAAAAGUCACAAAUUUCCGUCUAGCACUUGACCCUAAAACUAUACUACUCCGACUGUUACCAGACGAAGCACCGAAACUGAUCAAGAAAAUGAUGUACCUCAUUCUCGGCACACUAAAUGGUGAAAAGUUAAUUCAGGACAUCCAAAGAGAAGCUGAAAGGGAACAAAGGAAGGAAAAAGGAGAUGGUGGCAUCAAAAGAAUAGGCCCUCCAAUCCAAGGGAGUUCACCCAAAGCUGCCAGGUUAAAUGAAGUACCAGAAGCAAGGCAUCCUCAAAACUUGAACCACCCUGAAAUCCGCCCAUUCCCUAUUUUACAUCCUACAUUUCCGCUGCCCCCUGUCCAGCCCAUAUACAAUAACCUUCCUCUGAACAUGGGAGCCAGACCUUCACAAUAUGUGCCUCCCCUUCCCAACAUACGCUUGUUUCCGCCUCCCCCCAUGCCCAUGCACUAUGGACCACAACCACAACGUGAGUAGUGACUCGACU